UCACUCUACCCUGGGCAACAGAGUGAGACUCUGUUUCAAAAAAGAAAAAAAAAAAGGGGACUCUCCCUGGCCUUGUACCUGCAAGGCAGCAGUUACCGGCGGUGGCUUGCGGGGUGGGGGGUGCCCUCCCUCACGGCUCGGUCCCGGUAGCAGGACAGUCCCCUCCAGCGCCACACCGGGCUCUCUCUGCGCACUUGAGGACGCUGCAGCUCUUAGGAGCACCGCGGGACCCGCCGCAGGGUCCACUUCCCCUCCCCAGAGAACCAAGAUGACCAGCUCUGGAAGGGGUUGUGCCUCGGGACAUGAGGGACAGGUGGCCUCAGCCGGCCCCCCAGCCCUCCUGGCCUCACCCCCAGAGGCCACGUCCAGAGCCCUGGCGCCCGCUCCCCGCCAGCCUCACCCCGCAGGGACCUAACUGGGCCGGUGUAGAGUCCGAGACAGACCCGGGUCAGCGGCGGUGCGGCCCUUCCCCGACCCCUCACCUGGGCCCGCGGGUCUCGCCGGCUCCCACCUCCCGGGCGCCUCCUUCCUCCGCUGUCCCAGCCCCGGAGGGUCGGAAGGCGGAGCUGGGCGUUAAUCCUGGGGCCGGGCCCGCGGGCCUUUGAUCUCUGCCGGGCGGGGUGAGUGCGGAGGCGCCGUCGGAACCCGGCCGGGCUGGCGCCGGCGCCCCGGGGGUCCCGGCUGCAGACUCUACCCCGUCUGCACAGCGGCCCCGCGUGGUCUGAGGGGCGCCCAGGGCCCCGCCGGGUGGGCGCGGCACGUGCCCGUCUGUCCCCGUGCUGGGCCCGCCUGGCUGCGUCCACCCCAGAGCACGGGGACCCAGGGCGCCCCAAGACUUAGCCCCCGAGGCCAGCGCGGCAUCCGGAACGCGGACGCAGAGCCCGGAGGGAGGUGGCUGCGGUGUCAGGAUGCGCACUCGGAGCGUCCCGGCGGCGGCGAUGCGCAAGACCGGGACCCCACGAAGCAGGGUGGCACCCUGUCUUCCCGCUUGGAUGCCCUGGGCAAGCAGCCCCCUCCAGGGCGGGCCCCUCGGCCCGAGUGCGGAGGCCGUUCCUGUGGCAGCACGGUGACCCUCCCCCAGGAGCCCGACCAGGGCUGCAGCGGCCAGCCCACCGGGAGGGGUCCAGGGAGCAGGACACCGCGUUGCUGUCUGGCUCCUGGCAGUCCCCUUCCGGGACGCUUGCCCCGUCUCUGCCCGGCCGGGGCGCUGUCCACCCCCGCUCUGCUCUCCCUCAGGCGGACACACCUGUCCCCUCCAGGGUAGGCCCCAGAAACACCCUCAGAGGAGAGAUGGCCCCCACCCUCCAGACGACCCCAGGUGGAAGCCCGCUGGGGGAUGGGGGCCGGGGGCCGGCGGUAACAGUCCCGAGUCAACAUAUCUCAAUUAACCUGCAGACCACAGCCCCACCCCUCCCCAGACAUCUAGGAGCCCGCGAGGUGUGAACCGCCUCCUUUGUGCCUCUGAAUUGAAGGCAAUUAGGCGCUACUUAUCUGGGGGAUUCACUGGCGUCAGUGCAAACCCGGCUCGGGCUCCCUCCUUGGCUUAUAAAUGCAGCUCGCCCUGCUCCGCCUGAGGGGAAUCCUGCCCGCCAGCCACACCCGGCUGUGGCCCCGCGGCUGGACCACCAUGCGUCCCUCCACUGCCCGGCCCCUCCGCCCAGAGCCCCCCUCCAGCUUUGGCUCAGUGGACUGGCUCUCCCAGAGCAGCUGCACCAGGCCUGCGGCAGCCUCCUCCUGCAAGGGCUCCUCCCGCCCGGGCCAGGCGGCCAGCACCGGGGAGGCCCCUCAGACCACCGGCUUGAAGGGGGCCAAGUCCUUGGAUCUGACUGUGCGGGAGAUGCCUGCGGCCGGGCUGAGCAAGGCGCCCGAGCCCUGGCGGGGCCCACGCGUGCGCACAGCCUUCUCCACGGAGCAGCUGCGUGCCCUGGAGGGCGUCUUCCGGCACCACCAGUACCUGGGCCCCCUGGAGCGGAAGAAGCUGGCCAGGGAGAUGCGGCUCUCGGAGGUGCAGAUAAAAACCUGGUUUCAGAAUCGCCGCAUGAAACACAAACGCCAGAUGCAGGACUCCCAGCUGGCCAUCCCCUUCUCUGGGCCUCUGCCCUCGAGGCCGGCUCUCUGCGCCCUCUUCCACCCGGAGCAGUGGCCUGCAGCCGCCGUGCCCGUGGGCGCCCCUGCGGGGGCCCAGGCCCUGGUGCUGCCCCCGGGCUCCUGCUGGGGCCUCUGCCAAGCGGAGCAGGACCCCCUGGCCCUGGCAUGGGCCUCGUGGUGCCGGCAGCCCCUGAUGUGCCGUGUCCCAGGCCCCGGAAGCCACACUCGUGCGCUGGGCCCUGCCUUGUCCACAGGACCCUGGGGCCUGCGUGCUCUGCCGGAAACCGGGGACGCCUUCUGAGGACGCAGGUCGGGCUCUGGGAGACCCACGCGAGCGGCAUGUGCAGACGUGCCUGGGGGAACGGCUGUGUUCCUGCUUGUCACCGUGGCCCUGUCUGCAGCCGGUGGCACUUCUCCCCGUGGCCUGCCACAGUAUCCUGGAGAAUUUAUAGUUGGAGAGGUUUUCAAGCCACCCCUGCCCUGACAGUUACUGAAAGGACACGUUUUGGGAGUUAGGGAGUAACUGACAGGCAGAGUCAGAAGCCGGACGUGGGCUUGCUGCACGCAGAGCUUUCAGAGCGUGAUAAAAAGGGGUGAUUUAUUCCAUAAAAGCUGCGUGUGCUCAUUUUGCCCACUGAAAAACCGAAACACCGUUGGACCCCUAAUUCCAGGGCGUGCCUGAGCUGGGUCGCGUGCCCCCUGUGUUUCCCGCGGCUGCUCUUCCCCUUCUGUGACGUGGGCGCCCAGGACCUGCAGCUCCAGGGACCCAGGCCAGGUCCCCGGCCCGGCGUGCACUUGCCUGCAGGACGUGGCGGCCAGGGAGCCCCUCAGGCAGGGCCCGGGGGUCUUCUCCCCACUGGCGGCGACAUGCAGACUUCUGACAAUGUGCACCGAAACAUUAACUGAGCACAGAAACGUCAACCGAGCAAACAUCUGUCCUCAGCGUGCGAGGGUGCCUGCGCUCAGGAGCGAGGUUGUGCUACGUGCCCGCCAGGUACACGCGUGCCUGGGUGUCCCACGGAGGACAGGUGGCGUUCAGCUGCCAGAAGGCCGAGGGUGACCUGUGGACACGGACCCGGGCACCCUGACAAGAACAGGAGUGCGACCUCUUCAUGUGUUGUCAUGGCAAUACUUACAGCAGGUGACCGCCACCAGCCUGGCAGGCUGAGACUCCCCCUUCCUCACUGUCACCUCCGA